CUGGUUAAAUUCGCCUGCGAGACCACAGGACAUCAUAGAGGAGAACUAUGAAACAUUCGAGCAGGCGGACAUUCUAUCUCCAGAAAAUGACGAGCAGGAGCAAAAGGCGAGGCUCAUUGAUAUCGCUCAGAUUGCAGCACAGAUGGUAAGAAACGCUGCACUCAAAAAAGAUCCA